CAGCACGUGGAUAGUUGAGUCCCGGGCGGGCAGGGCGCGCGGUGUUUCGCUCGGGCGGAGAAAGCACAAGGAUGCUGAGAGAGACGCCCGUAAAGAACGAGCAGCUCUUGCGGAUGUAAGAGACAGCGAUCGGAGGGGAUGGUUACUACAAACUCAUAACGGGAUGGGUCCGUCUUUACAAAGUCAUGUCACAGUCAAAUGAUUCGUAAGUGGGAUUGCGCGGAAAACAAAAAGACGCGAACGGGUUUAAAACGAUAGUAAAAGGUAAGACGGAGCGGAGAAGAAACUGCUGCUACUAUUAACAACGUGAAAAUAAUUAAUAUGACAUCGCCGCGAAGACGCGCUCGGAUGAUCGAUUGAAGAUUUUCCUUUGAAAUCAAUAUGGAUAACUUAAGCUUUUCAUACCAAGUGGACAGCUACAAUCACACUGGAAAUAUAUCCAGUGGGAAUUCUACAAGUACGUAUUCUCAGGCGACCAUUAUAGGGCUCGCAGGGCUGGUGAGCUUUCUCAUUUUGUUUACUAUAGUGGGGAAUGUGCUGGUUGUGAUCGCCGUUUUGACAAGCAGAGCGCUCAAGCCGCCACAAAAUCUAUUUCUGGUGUCUCUGGCCAGUGCGGACAUUCUGGUGGCCACACUGAUAAUGCCCUUCUCUCUGGCCAAUGAAUUAAUGGGCUACUGGUUUUUUGGGAAAGUUUGGUGUGAUAUCUAUUUAGCGCUUGAUGUUCUUUUUUGCACAUCGUCUAUUGUUCACCUGUGUGCCAUAAGUCUGGACAGGUACUGGUCUGUGACACAGGCUGUUGAGUAUAACCUAAAGCGGACACCUCGCAGGGUGAAGUGCAUGAUCGUGGUGGUCUGGUUGAUCGCAGCUGUCAUCUCCUUCCCGCCGCUCAUCUCCAUGGACCGGAAUAAUGAGGGCGACAACAGCGAACCGAAGUGCGAACUGAACAACGUCACGUGGUACAUUCUCUACUCCAGCAUCGGGUCAUUCUUUGCCCCGUGUGUCAUCAUGAUCCUCGUUUACAUCCGUAUCUACCAGGUGGCUAAGACGAGAACCCGAAACAUGUCGGAAAAGCGCAGGGAUACGGACGGGGAGUCGGGAACGCCACGGCUGGAGAACGGGCUGAGUCAGGAGGAUUCCAGGCGGGAAAACGGGCACUGUGCCUCGCCGCCACCCGGCGAAUGCAAACCAGGAGAGGACUACCCAGACGGCGAGCUAGAAGACAGCAGCUCUUCUGACGAAAAAGCGAAGCGGUUGCAGAACGAGAUGGCGCCCGCCCGAAAAGACAGGCGUUCUAGCCGCAAGAACAGCUCGUGUUCCAAGCAUUCCAGCCGAAAGUCCCGUGCCAGCAACAAGUCCCUGGACUUGUUCUCCUCUCGUAGAAAGCGGAGGAACACCAUUUCCCGAAAAAAGAUCUCGCAGGCCCGAGAAAAACGAUUCACCUUUGUACUGGCUGUUGUGAUGGGCGUGUUUGUGGUCUGCUGGUUCCCAUUCUUCUUCAGCUACAGUCUAUACGGGAUCUGCCGGGAAGCAUGCGCCAUCCCCGAUCCCCUUUUUAAGUUUUUCUUCUGGAUCGGUUACUGCAACAGCUCCCUCAACCCGGUCAUCUACACCAUCUUCAACCAGGACUUCCGGCGAGCUUUUCAGAAGAUCCUUUGCAAGUCCUGGAAACGGUCUUUUUAGAGCACAAUGGCAUCUAGGUGCCAAACUCAGCAUUCAGUGCCAUGUACAGGUGGUUGACGUGUCAGAAAAGCUUUUGGAUAUUCCCAAGAGACAUUUUUCAGUAAUAGCACUGCUUUUGUAUCGUUGCAUUGACAAUCUGUACACAACAAUGACAAUGACAUUUUUCCUGUUUUGUUGUGUAAUGCUUUGAGGACAAUAGAUGAUGGUCACAUGGGUGGUACCUCAAGCUAAACAUGCUUCAAAAAGACCCACCUGAACUUGGUGGCACUGCACUGCAUUAGAGGAAACAAGCUUAUCUUUAUGAUGGCUGCAGGCACUCUUUAAGAUAUCAAGAUACAUUUUUAUGAUGACUUUGAACAUAUGGCUUGUCUCAUCGUGACUGGAGAGCUAUGUAACAUGAAAGCCGCUUCCUUUUCUCUGGUGACACAGGAGAAAAAAGGAAAAGUGAAUUAGCAGGAAAUGUACUCUUUCUUUCCAGCUGAGCGGGGCACAACGGACCCUCUUGGUUAGGUAGAGCUUGACCCCCUCAGAAGGCUGUCAGCAAAUGACAGAUGAAAGAAGAGUGUUGCCCUGGUGUGCUUGGGUAUUGCAUAGUGCUUCUCGAGGGUGCAGAUUCCUGACUGAGCAGAGCCGUGCUACAAACUGUUCUUAACCGUCCUUCAGUGAAAUUAAUCACUGCACCGCUGCUCUCACACCUAUUAAAAACGCCAUAAAAAAGAUACAAAUAAGAGCUAUUUACUGGAUAAGAGUCAAAAAGAAACUGUUGUUGUUUUCAAUGAUGAUCAAUGAUGAUGAUUUAUUUAUAUACAGUACAUGAAUAUUCAUCAGAUUCUAAACUAAAUAAGCUUUGUGGCUAUGCUUGUACUGUACAAUGUCUCCCAUUUGUUCAAAAGAUCAGAGCUUAUACAGUUCAGUAUGAUAUAUAUCUGUUGUAUAUUUAUGAGGGCGAAACUUUACGUUUUUCUUACUUUGUUUGUUUGUUGUUGUAUAUUAUGAAACAUCUGCCUUGAUGGACAUUGGGCUUCUCUCCUUUUCAUAUACUUGUGAUAUCUCCAAAAUGACUGGCAGGUCACUAUAAGCACAGCUGAUGAUCAAACAAAACCGAACAAAUAAAUGGAUUGUAAUUCACUUUUUAGUGUGAAUGGAGAUUUCUAAGACAACCAGCGUUAUUCUAACCCUCGUGUCUCUAGUGGGCUUAUCAUAAUUAGACAUGGCAGCUUAUUCAUAAACAAUGCUUUGAGGUUUUGUCAUUUUGCAGCGACAACAGCUCAGAGCCGUCACAAUAAAGACAAAAUCUAAACGAAUGGUAUUAUCGACUUAUUUCAAGGAGGAAUUGAAAUCAUUGCAUAUGUUUAAAUGUUUACACAAAACUUCCUAUGAUUAAUUGAUAAUGGAAGGAAAAGUAUUAUUUACAUGUAGUUAUAAAUUAUUUAAAUACACAAUAUGCAUAUAAGUUGUGACUCCCUGCAAACUCUUACUGCUCAUAUUGAUUUGCUGAGGAGUCUGAUUGGUCCCUGUCUCUAAAUCCCACAUACAAUCUUAUAAUAUUUGAUAUUUAACUCAAUAAAACAACACUUGAUGCUGUACAUAAGUCAAGAGAUGCAAUUUUCUUAUUCCUUGGAGAGGGAGUUAACAUUCGGUCAGAGAAGUUAAAUAAAUUUAAUAGAGUCGUGACAUUCAAUUCUCAGUGACCCUGCCCAUGUACAUUUCAAAUAAAGUCGGGACAGGAACAGCUGCCUUGUUUUAAGAAAGAGGGGUGUGGCUUGUAUUUUUUUAAACUAGGUUAUGUAAGCCCUGAGGGAAGAUGUCUAUUUACUUGCAUAGACCAUACAAAUAAAAAUACAUGUUUUCUUAUGCUAUUAAACAACAUAACGUUGAUUAUUUUCGGAAGUUAAAAAUUGUAUUUUUGAAAGUUUGGAAUAUUAUGUUUAUGUUUUU